AUGAUGUUGCUGCAUGUGCUGCUCCUCCUCUGUGCUUUUCCUCUUUCAAAUGCUAAAGGCAGACUAAGAGAAUUCCAACUAAUAAAUGGAAGAUUCACCAGAACUCUUGCAGUGAAUGCAUGCAGAACAAACUACACUGACCUCGCCACAGUUUAUGACCAACAAGACAAUAUACAAUUAAGGACACUGCUCAUUAAUGUUCCUGAUCCACCUAGUGGAUGGAUCGGUGCAAAGAUAGGAAAUAGUAACCGUAAUAAAUGGUCAAAUGGUGAUGAUGUCACAUUUCGCAGAAACAUUACAAGUUAUGUGGGAUCACGCUGUGCUGCUAUGACUUCAAAUGGAGACUGGGAAUUUCUCACAUGUACUGAGACAAGACACUUCAUGUGUUAUAAGCAAGAUGUUGAGCGACCAUUAUACAGAUUAAUGCUUCGAAACAAAACCUGGUUUGAGGCUCAGCUGUACUGCAGAGAGAAGCACACUGAUUUAGUCAGCAUCAGAAAUGAAGAGGAAAAUGAACAGGUGCAGGAAGACGGAAACAAGAGUAGGAAUCCUUUCUGGAUCGGCCUGCUGGAGGACAAGGUGGAAUGGUCUGAUGGAGGACAAUCUGCUUACAGAAACUAUGCAAACACACCGGGCAGAGGAGAAUUUAUGUUUAUGCUUCGAGAUGGGAGUUGGUGUAGGAGUACAGACGACCAUGGUAGACAUUCCUUAUGCUACAAGAGUUUCAUUCAUGUGAGUCCGGGUGAAAUGUCCUGGGAGGAAGCUCUGGAUUACUGCAACAGCAACUUUUCUGGACUACUGCGCAUCGAGUCUGAGGAUGAUCAGAUGGAAACGGAGCGAGAGCUAAAAAGACAGAAUAUUUCAGAGCCACUGUGGGUGGGGCUUAGACAGAGCCGACUUUUCGGUUUCUGGAUUUGGUACAAUGGGCUCCGUGUGGGACCCUGGACCAACUGGAAAGAAGGAAGUCCACCAGAACAUCAAAUUUCCCAGCACUGCGGUGCCUUAGAGAAGGUGAACGGUCAAUAUAAAUGGUGUGAUAAAGACUGCAGAUCUAAAUUUAGAGUUUUAUGUGAGGGGAAAUAA